CACAUCCAACCAUCCCCCUCCCACGCAUCCGUACCUGAACCAAGUCCACCAGCACCCGGAACAGCUUCCGGCUGUUUCUGUGGCUGGGCUUCUUUUUCUUCACAACCCGGCACCCGUCUCGAUCUACUGGGUCUGCGUCAGUCUGGGGAACAUACACGGGGAAGGGCGACGGAUACCCGCAUGGCAAAUCGCGAGUUCGUAACCCUGUUUUCACUUCACGUUCAGAUCGCGCGGGCAUCCUCCACCUUCCUUUUCCGCCUGCUAAACAUCUUCCACUCCCGACAAACAUUUUUCCUGCCUCCUCCUCCCGCCCCGCCACAGCUGCAAGCCAAAGAGCCAGGGCGAGUAAAAUCCUCAUCGACUGGCUACCAGCUCCCCGGGACUCGGGAAUCGGGAGCUGCGGUUGGGGAUUGGAUAGCCUCUCGUGCGGGUGGAGGGCAAAUGGGCGUCAGAUGCUGUGGGUUAGCACAUGGGUAUCUGGAUCGUGGGGAUUUGGGGUUUGAGAUCGUGGGAUGCUGGUUCGCUGCUUCGUGUUUAGCUGGCCCCUUGCUUCGUGCACUGCGGUCCCGGGACUCGUGGUUUGGGAGAGGUGAGCGGGUUCCUUUUUUCGCUGUUGCUUGAGCGUUUGGAUUGCUGAGCUGAGCUGAGCGGGUUUUCUUUUUUUGCGCGGUGGGUUUGGGGAUUGUGUGGCUCUGGUGUGGGGAGUCGGGUGCUAGUUGGUUUAAUCUGGGUCGAGUCUCGAGUUCUAGUGGUUGUGGGAGAGAAAGGUAGGUCCUUGCAGGUAUUAGUUCUGUGUUAACGUAGUUGGUGUGGGGAUUUGAACGAGGGGCCUAGUGAUGCUGCUCAGUGGGCUUCCUUUUUUGUUGCAGGCUCUUCGUUGUUCUGAGAGUCACUUCCCCCUUUCAUGAGUCGCAGGUCGUAUUUUGCGGGUUGUUGGCGUGCUUUCAUCGUGUCUGGGUAGAAGAUAGGUCUGUGUGUUCGUCACUAUGGGUUUUGGCCU